AGUGUUGUACCACCUCUUAGGUCUUAGGAGCCCUUAAAUGUGUGUGUGUGUGUGUUUCUCUUCUUUUUCUCUCUCUCCUUCACCCUCUCUGAGUCUUGAAAGGAAAAGUUGAAUUUGAAUUGAAAGCCUUUGGGGCGAGGUCCGUCACCCGCGGAGAUGUAGCAGUCACCACAAUGCCACCGUUAACAGAGAAGUGAUCUAACAGUAGCACAAGGCUACAUCUGCGCCAUUUCUUACGUUCUGACAAGUGAUUUGUUGUGCUAGUGACUAGAGUACGUACGGAACUAGAUCUAGCAGUUGUAACGAUAGAGACUUACAAUAAUGAAAGACGGGAUAUUUUCCCCAGACACAAGAAGAUCAACUUUGUCUAAAGUUACUUUCUUCACGUGACUGUCAGCUGAUUUAACACUUGCUGGUGGUAAUGAGCCAGGAAGACAUCAGUGACUGGGUUGAACUGAAGCAAAAUGCCGAAGUCUUUUCUCAUAUUCCGUAAGCGAAAAGCCUCAUGUCGUGCUGGUGAGGAGCAAGACUCACCUGGACUGUCCACUAAAGCUCCUCGCCCAGAGGGCGUCGCUGAACUUCUUCCAAAUGACCACCACGUCUGUCAAACGAAUGUCAAUUUUCAACAGAAGAUUAGAGAUAUGUCUCUAGACUCAAAAGUGACUCGCCUUGAUGAGCUCUUGUCCGAAUCGGAAGUGUGCUCACCUGUGACAAAAUCUCUUUCAAAAAUAACUUCGUGUUUUAAAAAGCUGGAAGAAAGUAAUGCUGAGGAGAAGAACCUGACAGCACACAACGAUUCAUCAAGAUAUCCAAACUCGUGUAUUUCAAGGGGAGACUUUCGCCAUUAUCUAAAUGGACCAUUCUUUGCAGGUGAAAUGUUCCCAGGACAUCCAGUCUAUAACAACGAGGUGAAAAGAGCUUUGCGGUUUCAGGAGAACCAUAACUGUGACAUUCCUAACUUAAAUAAUAACCAUUCCAGCUAUCUGGACAACUAUUGUGUCUUACGUCUUCAUUCUAGCUACCUGGACAAAAAUUGUGUCUCAAGUCCAACUAUGGUUCAUUUUUCUGACAGUACCACCAAGUUAAACCUUGAACAGAGUUCACCUGAGCGCUUUGGUAGAGCUUUAUUAGAAAAUCUCCCAAGAGAGUUUUUGCCAAAAGUUCAGCCACUUGAAGUUCAAAACCCCAAACCAGUUAGUUCUCAUUUCAUGAGCACCAGAGAUCAUUUAGAGCCUCCCUGUGACAACAUUUACCCCUGGAUGCUUAAAAGUUCGCUUCAGGAUUCUGAGCGCCGUUGGACUGCAGUGAAUUUCGACACGCCUGUUAUUCACCGAAAAUCUCCAGCAGAUCUCAGAGUUGGCAUUAAGAACAACAUCACAAAGCCUGAAGAUAUCUCUCCAAAGGUGCUUUUGAUAGACAAGGCUGGUCACGAGAAGUUCGAUGGCGUGAACACGUCACUCCAUCACAGGCAAACCUCUCAAGUGCCUAUAAGCAUUACUUCUCAGAAUACAAGACAAAAUGGACUUUUAGCAGACUGUGCCAUCCCCUGUGGGAAUAAUAAAUCGAAAGUAUCACCAUACAAAGAACGUUGUCAUAAAUCUGAACUCUAUUCCUGUCUUUCAAGUGUAACGCCAAGUUUACCUCAGACGCCAAUCAUCAGCAGCAAGGGCAAUAACUCCCCAUGGCUGUACAACGAGACUAAAUUUCUAGCAUCUGAUACAAUGCUAAAUGUAAGACUCGCUGAUUCAAGAUCACAAACUUUAAGCCAGAGACCCAUCGAUUAUGCUACAACGUCACUAGCCCACAGCUCGUCUGUACUGUCGCAAGACACAACACAGAAUGCUGUAGAGGGUCGUCUAUCAGCCUCUGCUGAAAGCAAGCUCCAACACAAGCACACCCGGCGCAUUUGGAAGCCACAAGAGGAUGUGGAUUCAUCCCGAGUUGAUAGCGCCCUGGGUACAAACAUUUCUGAGAAACGUGAGGAAGUCCGCCUCCAAACUAUGACGUCACCUGCCGAAGUCCGACUUGCUGGCCUGUACUGCCGAGCCCACAGAGCCCGACGAAGGAAGAGAUCGUUUACAAUUUCUAGCAUCAUGAGCGACUCCGGGGACGAAGAGGACGUUUACGUAGCCCCGAGGAGUUGUCCACGAUGCGUAGCGGUAACAACCCCCGUCACCCCCAGACACAGCAGCAUGGACGUCAUUCACUAUGGCUUUCCUACCUGUUCCCCCAUUCGGUGUCCAGAAAUAGAGUCAAUGGACAACGUCCUUGCAUCAUCCCAAAAGAAUGAGGUCAGUUCUGCCAUUAGGGCGCCUUUUAGUAUUACCGGAAACAAUGAGAGCGAAAAAUUGAAUCAUCGAUCGGAAGCCCUCGUUUCAGAUCGAUUGCCCAAUACUUUCUCAAGCACCGACGUGCGUCCUAGCCCGUCUUCUCAGGCAGACAGUUUACACAAAGACAGGACUGAACACAAAAGGGUCACAUCUGUCCACGGUUAUGAUCCACCCUGCUUUAACGAGGACACCCCCGACAAGGUACCGCAUGCUAUACAACGACCAGCAACCAGCGCUCAGAUGGAGACAAUGUCAAGUCCAAACCUUUCAUCUCCGGUCUGGCAAACUCUAAACAGUGUAAGGCAGAGUGUCACUUUUAACACAGACGGACUUAGCAGCCCGAGGCCCUUAAGUUUUCAGCCAUAUCUCUUCCAUCAUCCUAUAAUGCAGUCUAGCGAAGGCGCUGUUUCUAUUGACAGUAAGAAAGAACUUUUGAUAAACUCACCUAAAAGUGACGUAUCCAGCAUUGUUUCCAUGGACUCCUGCUCACCAGUGUCAACUCUUGUGAUGUCUCCGGGCUCACCUGUUGAUUCACAGUUUUUCCUUGCCCCACCACACACAUAUGAUAUUAAGACCUAUGGUGCCAGGUUGACACAAGAGCAUAACGGUUCAAAAAUGAAGUCCAAUUUUGCGCAAGAUGUGACCAAAUCUAAAAAAAUCCCAUUGGAUGGUCGUAAAAAUUUCAAGGCCUUUUUAGAGACUGCGCAUGUCAAACUUGAGUUCAUCAAUGGAGGUAACGGAAUCAAGAAUCCACUUCUGAGCCUUGACUUUGCAGACAAUAAAUUUGAUCUGGUGUCUCCCACAUCUUUGCCCUGUCCAGUCUGUUCAGUCACAUUCGACACGGCCAAACAUUUGCAAAAACAUUUGAAAAGUCACCGAGAAAUCAAGAGGUUUCUCUGUACGUACUGCGGGAAAGGUUUCAAUGACGCCUUCGACCUGAAGCGCCACACCAGGACCCACACAGGUGUUCGCCCCUACAGAUGUUCCCAGUGUGAUAAAGCCUUCACACAGAGAUGCUCCCUGGAGUCACACACCAAGAAGAUUCACGGAAUGAUAGAGGACCUUGCCUUUAACGAGAGGCGUGUCAAGCUCUACGUCUGCGAGGACUGUGGUCACUCGACGGACAUAGCUGAGGACCACUAUGCCCAUUCCAGGUCACACGCCCAUCACAAACAGGCGUUGACUAUGCGGCUCGAUACCAUAGUGGCUCGAUGAGAUCAAGAAAAGGCUACUUGAUCUAGAAGCUAUAAGAUAGAGUCGUAAGGAUCUGAUAUGAUUCGGGACUUUAGCUAUUUGAGACAAUUUAUAUAUAAUAGAUAAAACUAUUGAGAUUAGAACAAUACCCUGUUGAGAUUUAAAAAAAAAAAAAAAAACAGAUCAGACUAUAAGAAUCCCCAGAUGAGACAUUAACAAUACCAAGUCGCAAGAUCUAUGUUGAUGCUUUUUUUUUUUUUCAGAUACCACUACCGCCAUGGGUCAAACAUGACUCUAAUAUUACAAUACGGUGACAAGGGACAUUUUAUCACCGUGACACGAUACCAUUUAUUUGCGGCUAGGCGAUGCGGUGACACCGCACUAUUGUCGCUUGCUUAUGUGACAUUAUUUUAGACACCCUCACGGUGAAACGAUAUGCUGUAAUGGGAAGAGGUUGACAGAGAGGCGCUAAAAACGCCAUCGGUAACGCUUCUGCUUUUGGCUAACUGAAAAUGAUAUGUGUUAGUGCCGGUGCAGAAUGGUGUUACCUGUGCUUUGUGAAGUAAAUGGUACCGAAAAACCGAUGACAUGGGUGUACCAAUACUGUUGACCUCAUAACGAAUUUCGUUGUGGAAAUCGGAGAAAAAGGUUUCAGAGACAGCGGUAAAGCCUUGCAUUGUUUUCUAUUGAAGUCAUUAUCAUGUUUAUAUAAAAAAAUACUUUUUUAAAAAACCUUAUCUAAUGGGAAGAAAUCCACAUUUACAGGCAUAUAUCUCAUUACUGUAAGAUGUGUUUCCUUAUAUAUUUAUAUAUACAAACAAUUAAUUGUCACUAUUAAUUAACUCAUUGGUUAAUAUUUUUUAUUGAUUCCUAUUUUGUUAGGGACAAUGACUGAUGGUGCAAAGUUUCAUCUUGAUCCGAGACUAGGCAGAGUAAGAACUAACGUGUGCAACAUUUGAACCAGACACAGACACAGUGUUCAUUAGCUAGUUAAGCUUUGUAACAAAUAACUCUACUAUUUAGUACGUUGUGUUUCCGUUGGUGGAGUGCUGUGAUCACAUAGUUCAACGGAUUCUUUGUUAUUCCAUCAGCACAACGAAACUCCGAAAGGCAAAAGUCACGGAACAAAUCCAGGAAGAGAAAUUCCGAACACUUUAAUUUAUAAGCUGAAAAACUCGACAAACCUCAAUCCCAAUCCCAGAGCACAUUUGUUAGUAGUAGUUUGACGAACUGUUUGUCUACCUUUUUUUUCAAUUUGUAGAUUGUGUCCUUUUCCUAAUGUUUACAAUCACUGGUACGUACGUGAAACUUCUUCAAUAGAACCUUCUGGUUAGCGUAUUCUCUUCUCGGGUUGAUUCUAGGCCUCACGAUUGGAUGACGUCAUACUUCACUUCCAUGAUGUCACAAGUUCAAGAGUAGAUUAAUCUUCUUUGCUCGUGCCGAGUCAGUUAGACUACUAGAUAGUUCUCGUUUCAGUCCUGCACUUAGUCUCUAGUAGACUUUUAGGAGAGUGUACCUAGGAGAGGUUUCCGCGUUCCACAACCUCAGCUUGAGUUCAUAAAAGACUCCAUUGAGAACCUAGCUCGUCAGCCAAGUGCGUAUUUUUCUUUCUGUUCAAUUUAACAAAAUGUCAAUUUAAUCUUUUAUACAGCGUACACCUGAGUCCUCGCUGAUCAACCUUGUCAAAUCUCUCAGUCCUACUAAAUCUAAGUAUCCUGCCCUCGUGUGCGUGAGUACCUCUAUUAACCACUAACUAGAAAUCUAGAAGUAGGUGUUCAUGUGACGGCCCUUCAGAUAGACUAAUCAACCUAGCUUCCCAUUUCUAUGGCAUCCUGCUCAGUCUAACGUAGGAUUUAAUAUAUAACAGGAGAUCUCACCCCUCUCAUGGUUCAAAUUUAAAUUACCCAUUUUAAUAUAUGAACCAUAUUACUUGGAAAGACGCCAACCGCCAAAUAGCCAACUAUUUUUACAUAUACAGAAACGUGUCAGCUUUCAAUAUAUAAAUUUUUCUGUACAUAAAUACGACUUAUAAUUUUUUUUUAAAGUUGCAUCAAAGGAGAACUCUAAGCUUGAAGUGUCUGGAGCACUGCAUGAGAUUUCUGGGUCAGCAUGAACUAGACUAGCAGUCUUGGCCAUUGACAAUAACGUGCACAGUUUUGUCAACAUGGUUAAAGACUGAUCAAAGUCAAUGUUGUAUUCCGCUUAAUCUCAAAACUCCACAUAAUGCGAAAUAGUCUACAUCUUAUAAACAUAUCUUUAUUAUGUCCAACCACCAGGAAGAUUUAUAGAAUACAAUAGGAACUAUGAAAUGAACGAGGGUUUAGUCAGUGCAAAGAAUUUCUUAGAAUAUGUGCUGAGAACUAGAUCAAGGCAACUAUAGGUAUCAAGAGUUAGAAAUGCAAUCCAUGCUAUAUUUUACGUAUGUUGUCAAUCGCCAAUGUUUGGUGAUUAAGAACGAAGCAAUGAAGAGUUUUGUAUCGCACAGUUGUUGAAGGACAUUUUUUUUUUAAUUAAUUAAUUCCAGACUAAAUAAUAAUAAAACAUGUAGUAUGUCUAGAUUUCUCUUUAAUCCGUUGUUACGAAUAGAAAGAGAAACAGCAAUAUUCUUGGAAAACUGUUAAUCCGAUAGCUAUUACCGUAAGGACGAGAGAGAGAGAGAGAUUAAAGAUAAAUAAGUAUGGAGACAGGGACAAAAAGUGACAGGAUACAUUAGAGCUUAGAGGAGAUUACUCAUCGCGGUAAAAUCAAUCCGAAUGAGAAAGCUAGUGUCUAAGUUUGUGUCUUUAGUUCGUGUCUAAGUUUGUGUCUUUAGUUCG